GGCGGUCGGACCACAUCGAUUCCCCGACGACUGUCUAUGCCCACGUCGAAUCGCUAUAUACUCUAUACAGCGUCCGCUAUGUCGCAUACAUUAUUAUGAUGUUGUUAUAAUAUUAUUAUUAUUAUUAUUGUAGAGACACGUCCAGCGAAUAUCAGACAGACGCGGAACGGUUCGCAUAUGUUGUCGCGACGGCAGUAGCCACGGACUGGCGAUCGUCGGGGAGACUGGCAAACGAGACCGAACGAACGUGGUCGUUGUCGCGUCGACGCCGGUGGCCGCGGCACUAGUAGUCGCGCUCGUCGUCGUCCUCGUCGUAUGUACUCGUACAACCGUCGUAUUAUAUACUUUUGUAAUAGUAGUACCGGCGGUGGUGGCGGCCGCUUCGGUUGUGCUGCUGUUGUUGGUGGUGGUGCCGGUGGUGGCGGUGGUGGCGGUCCCGUCGUAGCUGCAGUUUUCUCGUCGUCGUCGUGGCGACAAUCUGCGCCGACCGCAGCAGCCGAUUUUGCGCGGAGUUAUUGUUGUGAUCAACAACAUGGUUUUGCGGAUGUUUCUGAUGAUAAAUUGUGCACCAUUCAUAUACAUAGUUAUCUAGUUAUGUAUGUAUAGCUGAUAAUGGAUUGAUAAUGAAGUCUGUGUGCCUACAUGUCAGUUACUAUACCUUCACCAUCCUUUUAUCAUUAUGUCAGGCAAAUAACGAAUUAAUAGGACCAGCAUUUCGUCUAGUACCACCAUUCAACGUCCAGUUUUCCAACGAUACUGGUAUCAAAAUCGAUUGUACUGCAUUUGGGAAUCCUACUCCACAAGUACAAUGGUACUUAGAGGACGGAACAAGGGUUAUGACAAUACCAAAAAUCAGAGUAGUACAUCAGAACGGUAGUUUAAUAUUUCUUAGUUUUGGCCCAAGUUCUUACAUGCACGAUGUACACAGUGCACAAUACAGAUGUAAAGCUAGUAAUGCAGUUGGUCAAAUCAUAAGUGGAGCAGUUCAUAUUAAUGCUGUCAUGAAUCAAAAUUAUGAUGUUCAAGUUUAUGCCGAGUAUGUCAGUAUUGGAAAUACUGCGCUAUUGCGAUGCCAUGUUUCUGCACAUGCUUCUAACUAUGUAAUGGUAACGUCGUGGACACAGGAUGAUAUAAUUCACUUUUAUCCUAAUGUUGAUUCUGGUGGAAAAUAUUUGGUACUAGGAAAUGGCGAUUUAUAUAUUAACAAUGUUGAUUCUAGCGAUGGAUUUAAAAGUUAUACUUGUAGAACUGUGCAUAAGUUAACUGGUGAAACCAAAGCUAGUUCGUUUCCUGGACAUAUCACUGUGAAUGACCCUACUGAAAACCAACGACCAAGAGUUGUUGUGGAAACCGAUAGUAGAAAACAAGUUAAAGUGGGAGAAGAUCUUAUACUAUCUUGUUUAUCUCAAGGAUUCCCUAUACCAACUUAUAGAUGGUAUAGGGAAAAUGGAGACGUACUUAAAGCCUUAGCGCAUGAUCCACGUUUAUCAGUACCCAUUCCUGGUCUUCUCAAAAUCGAAAAAAUUCGUUUAGAUGAUGAUGGAAAAUAUGUUUGCAUAUCAAAUAAUAGUGUUGGCGAAGAAACAGUUCAUCAUACCGUUUUUGUCACUGAACCCCUUUCAGUGAAUAUACUACCACAAAAAGUAGUUGGUUCCUCACUCUUAGAUCCUACAAAGUCAGUUCAGUUUGUAUGUACAGUAAAUGGGCAUCCAAUCAAUAGAAUAAUGUGGUAUAAAAAUGGACAACCCUUAAUGCAAUUAAAUGGUAGAGUGCGUGUGACAUCAUCACUACAUAAGCAAGUAUUGAUGUUAUCACCAUUGAAUAAAGAUGAUCAAGGAAUGUACCAAUGUUUUGGAACAAAUGAUUGGGAUAUGGCUCAUGAUAAUACUCAAUUACUACUUGGAGAUAUUGGACCUGAACUUGUAUAUUGGUUUACCGAGCAAACUUUACAACCGGGGCCUUCUUUAUCAUUAAAAUGCGUAGCAUCAGGAAACCCUCUUCCACAGUUCACUUGGACUUUAGAUGGAUUUCCAAUACCAGAAUCGAAUAGAAUUUUGGUGGGCCAGUAUGUUACUGCACAUGAUGAUGUUAUCGCCCAUGUUAACAUAUCUUCAUUGAAAGUGGAAGAUGGUGGAGAGUACACAUGUACAGCACAUAAUGAAAUCGCACAUGUUUCACAUUCUUCCAGGAUAAAUGUUUACGGAGUUCCUUUCGUAAGGGAAAUGCCAAGUGUUCAUGUUGUAGCUGGAAAACAGCUUAUAGUUAAGUGUCCUGUAGCAGGUUAUCCGAUUGAAUCAAUUAAUUGGGAACGGGACGGAUUAACAUUACCAGUUAAUCUCCGUCAAAAAGUUUACAGUAAUGGAACUCUAACAAUAGAACAAGUUCAACGGCAAACUGAUGCUGGUACUUAUACUUGUCAAGCAAAAAAUCAUCACGGUCAUUCUUCAAGGAGAGAUGUCGAAAUUCAAGUUUUAAUUCGGCCGAAAAUUUUACCAAUUCCCCCCAUGACUAAUCUUUUAGCUGAAGGUAUGCGUGCAGCAAUUUCAUGUCAAAUUGUCGAAGGUGACCUUCCUGUAAUGUUUACUUGGACAAAAGAUGGGGAUGGAGUAAACAAUGGCUUAGGAGUGGGAACAGCUACAAGAAAUCAUGAUGAGUAUUCGUCAUCGUUAAUUAUAGAUCGCAUUACUGCUGAACAUGCAGGAAACUAUACGUGUAUAGCAACAAAUUUAGCAGGAGAAGAGAAAUUUACCGUACCCCUAACAGUUAACGUUCCUCCAAAAUGGACAGUUGAACCUGAAGACACCAAUGUGGUUAUGGGCUAUCCAUGCAUGUUACAUUGUCAGGCAGAAGGUUAUCCUACGCCGAUGGUAGUUUGGAAGAAAUCGUUUGGUGAUUCAAUUGAUGAAUAUAAGGACUUUUUAUACGAACCCAAUGUAAAUUUCUUUAGAAACGGAACUUUAGAGUUUUUGCAUACUAGUAAGGCUAAUGAAGGGAAGUAUAUGUGUGAAGCAAAAAAUGAUAUUAGUCCUGGACUGAGCAAAGUCAUACAAUUAAAAAUAAAUGCUCCAGUAAAGUUUAUACAAAAAACUAAGCAAAUUCAAGUUAAACUUAAUGAUGAUGCUCAUAUACAGUGUAUUGCUGUGGGAGAUAAGCCAUUACAAAUAUCUUGGAAAGGAUCUACUAAUAUGCCAAUUUUAAAGGACAUAGAUCGAAGGUUUACUAUAAGAGAACAAACUAAAGAUAAUGGAAUAAUGUCAGAGCUUGGAAUAUCACCUGUAUAUAGACAUGAUACAGGGUUUUUUAAAUGUACCGGAAGUAAUUUUUACGGACAAGAUGAGAACUCGAUCGAAUUGAUAGUGCAGGAGACGCCUGAAAGUCCAAAAGAUAUUAGAAUUUUGAAUCAACAAAGUCGGUCAAUGGAAAUAACAUGGAAUCAACCAUACGACGGAAACAGUGUUAUAUUAAAUUAUAUUGUUCAAUACAAAUUAGUUGCAUCUUUAUGGAUAGCAGACCCAGCAAAAGUAAUUAUUGCUGGUACUCAAACCAUUACAACCAUCGAGGGAUUAACACCCGCAACGUCUUACCAUAUUCGAGUUAUUGCAGAAAAUGCCAUUGGAUUAAGUGAGCCCAGUGAUGAAGCACAAGCUUUUACGCAAGAAGAAGUUCCCAGUAUGGCACCUCAAAAUAUUCGUGCUGAAGCUAAAAGCAAAACAGAACUUUCAAUAAUGUGGGAACCACCUCCGUCAGAGUCUUGUAAUGGAAUUUUAAUUGGAUAUCACGUUGGAUACUUAUCGACGGACGAUAAACAAAAUCCUACAUCACAAACGGUACCACACAGCCGUUACAUCAUAAAAACAGUUAACAUUAAUGCUCAAUAUAGCGAAGACUUUAUCAUAAAUGGUCUAACACCGUAUACGACGUAUUCAAUCGUUGUACAAGCUUUUAAUAGCAAAGGUGCUGGACCAUUUUCUAAGCCUAUUACGGUGCAAACUGACGAAGGAAUACCAACAAUGCCACCCGAAAAACCGACAUGUAGAUCUUUAACAUCACAAAGCAUUCAAGUAUCGUGGGAUUUACCACUGCCUGCGGGUCGCAAUGGUAAAAUACAAGGUUUUAAAGUAUCGUAUCAACCAGCAGAAGACUGGUAUGAAAAAAAUGAAUUUGAAACGAAAAUUACUACUAUACAAUACACGACAAUUCAAGCUUUAUUGAAAUAUACAAAUUAUAGCAUAUCAGUAUUUGCAUUUACAAGUAAAGGGGAUGGAGUUCAAAGUGAUCCAAUUUACUGCAAAACUGAAGAAGACACUCCUUCGGUACCAGCAGAUAUCAAAGCAGUAAUAAGCUCUAUAAAAACCAUUGUUGUAUCUUGGCUUCCACCAGUUCGUUCAAAUGGGAGACUUACCGGUUAUAUUUUAUACAUAUCAAUUUUAAGCGGUCACAAAGAUUCAAAACCGAUAAAAAAAAUACUUAGUCCGUCCAUUGAAGUUUUCGAAGCAUCAAGAAUCAUUGAUAGCGCAAAAUACCAGUUUUGGGUUAAAGCAUUGACUAAAGUUGGGGAAGGCGAGAGCACUAGAACCAUUACCGUACUACCUACGAUUAAAAUCCCCGCUCAGAUAGUAUCGUUCAGUCAAGUUUUGAUUAUGCGAUGGAAGAAAAACGUAACAUUAAGUUGUAAAAGAGUAGGUUUACCGUAUCCUCAACCAAUAUGGACAAAAGGUGGACGAUCAAUCAUUUCGAGUGGAAGAUAUCAGAUAAACAAAGAUGGGUCGUUGGUUAUACACGAUGUACAACAUUCAGAUCGAGGAAACUAUACGUGUGCUGUGGAGAAUACACACGGGAAAGAUGAAAUUUCAUACGCUAUUCAUGUUAGAGUACCACCGUCACCUCCGAAGUUAAUUGUAUUUUUAGAAGAAACUGAUAGUUUACAACUGAAGUGGACGGAUACAGCUGAACCAGACAUACCAAUACUAGGCUAUAUAAUCAAUUUUAAACGUGAACAUGGUGAUUGGGAAGAAAUUCAUAUUGAUGCAAAGACACAUUUUCAUACAUUACAAAAAUUACUUUGUGGCACAAGAUAUCAAUUGUAUAUUACAGCGUACAACAAAAUUGGAACGGGUCUACCAUGUGACAUUUUAACAUCAUAUACUAAAGGCUCCGUGCCUAUCCCACCUGAAUCACCAACUGAAGCAAUAACAUAUAAUAGCUCAACAGUAACAGCCUGGUUUGAUCUAUGGGGAAGUGGAGGAUGUGAUAUAUUAUAUUAUACAAUCGAAUGGAAACAACAAAUAUCUGAAGAGUGGAUCUCAAGUGAUGGCAGUAAACCUGUAGUUCCAAAAGAACGUAUGUAUACUGUUGAAGGUCUUGAACCAGCAACUAAAUAUCAAUUGAAAGUCAUUGCACAUAAUAAUAUCGGUUCAUCAUAUGCAUUGUACAACUUCACCACUCUCACAAUUGAUGGAGCGACUGUUAUACCGUUUGAUUUAUAUACUGAAAUAGCACCAGAAGAAGCUUCAGUAUUUACAUCAAUCACAACUGCAAUAUCUUUGAUAAUAGCAUUAGUCGUUGUAUCAUCGAUCGCAGCAUUUACAUACUAUUAUAAAGUCAUGAAACGCUCAGACGAAGAAUCGGUUAGAGAUCAAAGUCAACGGAGCCGUGAUCAACGAUAUUCAGUCAGGGGACAAUCGCAACAAACCUUAAGUUGUGAUUCAGUAACAUUUAAAACCGAUUCAACUGAAUACAUGGAUGAAAUUUGUCCGUACGCAACAUUUGAACUUGCCAAACAACCACAAGGUGAAAGUACAUUUAGUGGUAAUAUUUACAGUGGACCAUACCAUUCAGUAAGAGGUUCAUUUGUUUAUCAUCAACCUAAAGCGUCAACGUCCGAACAAUAUAAUUUUGUUCAAAGGAAGGAACCUGAGUAUACAAAAGUCCGCCAAAAAGGAAGAAAACUUAGAGAUCCUCAUUCCGAAAGUCAAGAAUCAGACAAUUUAGGUAGUACAGAUUCUGAAGUAAAGCGGAUUUUAACACUUCACCUGCCUAUUUCAGAGUAUGACACUCACGGUAGUGACUCUGACAAUGGUGAAACAAGACGAAAUCAAUCAGCAAGUCAAGAACUUGUUUCAUUUAGACAUCGAAUGAGUAGAGAAGUGAGUAACGAAGGCACCAGCUCUUCGUCAGAGAAUUCUAUAGCAGAAGUCAGAAAACCUUCUAUAGUUCCUCCUCUUCGAAAACCUAAAUCCAAAAGUCAAGUAUUUACAAAAAGAUCACUGAAAAGCAACAGUGGUUUUUCAAGUCAUAAUGAUGAUAUUAAUUUUAGCGAACGUUUAAAUCCUCCGGCUAGAUUUUCAGACUCCAGACCAAUGCGACAAAACGAGGGAAAUGAAUAUGAACGUCGUCCAAAAAUAUCAUCGCAUCAACGAAGAUCACCAAGAAGACUUACACAAGAGACUUCAUUCCAAAUAGAUGUCUAGUCAAUUUAAAUACAGUAUACAGUGCAACAUUAAUUUAUAUGUAUUUGACUAAAACAAUUUUUAAUUCCUACAUUUUAUACUCUUGUUUAUUGUAAGACUCAAAAUAUAAUAUUUUUUACUUUAAUACCCAAUAAGUUUUAUACCUCUUAUCAAAGAAACUUAACUUAAAUUGAAAUUUAAUAUAUUUCACAGAUAUUUUGAUCUAUAUUAACAUAGAUUAAAUUAAUUAUUUAUAUUACCGUUUUAAAAACUAUUUUAUAGUUUAAGAAUAAUUAUAUAAUUUUUAAUUAAUUAUAAAUCUAUUAACAUCUCUAUAAUUUGCUCAAAAAAAUUAAAAAUCUACUACCUUAAGUUUCUAUUAUUAGAAACAACUACAACAUAUGUUUUGAGUUCUUCUUUACUGUAAAAAUAUUUUUAAUGUUAAUUCUAGUCAAAACUAAAGAUCAUAUUAUCAAUUAUCAUAAUAUUUUCCAUCAAAAAAAUAUAUUGUUUAUUAGUGCCAUCAAAAUUAAAUCAUGGGAUAAUUAAAGUAAUAUCAAUUUACAUACCUAUCUAUAUUUAUAUAAUAAAAUAAGGAACUAAAAAUAGUUUAUAUUAAAUAAACCCUAUAAAGUAUAUCUUAAAGAUUUAUUUCAAUGAGAUGUUAUGAUUUUAAUGGAUUGUUAACCAAAAAGUUAGCUUAAAAUGGUACUAUUAUGUACUACAAUGCAUAAAAAUAAAUAUAAAAUAUUUGUUUAGUCAUUAAUGUGUUUAACUAGUCAUAAAUAAUAUACCUAUAAUAAAAUAUCCAUAGUUCAACUACCUACCUAUUCAUUUUAAUUACUUUUACAAUUUUGUCAAUGCAUCUUUUAUAGGUACUUAUAAAAAAUUUUUGUGUGAGUACUUACAAUAUAAUAAUACAUAUACAGAUAUAGUACAAUAUAAAAUCAUUUUUUUUUUCUAAUAUUUAUUAAUAUGUUUAUGCUGGUACUUUUAAGCGAAAAUAAAAUAGUUUUAGAGGUAGAAAAUAAAAUUAAAUAGUAAAUUGUUAAUUUGUUUUGUUAAAAAAAUAAAA